AUGGUGGGUGCAUCACUGACGGGUUUGCAGGAUCAUUUGAAAUUGGCCAGAGAGUACGCUCAAGAAGGUCUUUAUGACACUUCAAUCAUCUUCUUCGAUGGGGCCAUUGCUCAAAUCAACAAGCACUUGAAUACAGUUGAUGAGCCGCUGACUCGUGCAAAAUGGAUGAAUGUUAAAAAAGCUAUAUCUGAAGAAACAGAGGUUGUUAAGCAGUUAGAUGCGGAAAAGAGGUCUUUCAAGGAGGAUCCUGUCGGCAGAAGGCCUAAAUCACCUCCAAUUCAAACUAAGUCAUCCUAUGUCUUUAGUACCUCGGAUGACUAUCCUACUUCUUCUGGUGGUUCGGAUGAUCCUGAUGUAUGGAGGCCACCCAGUCGGGAUUCAUCAAGGAGGCCCGCAAGAUCUGGCCAAGUGGGUACCAGGAAGUCUCCCCAGGAUGGAGCUUGGGCUCGUGGUGCUACAAGAACAGGUACUCCAGGCCGUGGUGCUAAAGCUGGUGCUUCAAAUAAAUCUAACUCUGGAGUUAGGGGAUCAUCUGCAAGCAAAAAAGGUGCAAGCACAGGUACAGGAACUGGAAAACCCGGAAAGGCUGACUCCGUGAAUGACGAUGUUGAAGAUGGGAAAACAAAGAAAAUACAAUAUGAGGGGCCUGAUGCAGAUUUGGCUGCCAUGCUUGAAAGAGAUGUUUUGGAAACGAGCCCAGGAGUCAGAUGGGAUGAUGUUGCUGGACUUAGUGAAGCAAAAAGGCUUUUGGAGGAAGCUGUUGUUCUUCCUUUGUGGAUGCCUGAAUAUUUUCAGGGAAUUAGGAGACCUUGGAAGGGUGUCCUAAUGUUUGGCCCUCCUGGAACUGGGAAGACGCUUCUGGCUAAAGCUGUUGCUACCGAGUGUGGAACAACAUUUUUCAAUGUUUCUUCUGCUACACUGGCUUCAAAGUGGCGUGGAGAGAGUGAGAGGAUGGUCCGUUGCUUGUUUGAUCUUGCACGUGCUUAUGCCCCUAGUACAAUCUUCAUUGAUGAGAUUGAUUCACUUUGCAAUGCUCGUGGUGCUUCGGGUGAGCAUGAAUCAUCCAGGAGAGUCAAGUCAGAACUUUUGGUCCAGGUUGAUGGCGUAAGCAAUUCUGCUACAAAUGAAGAUGGCACUCGCAAAAUUGUGAUGGUAUUAGCAGCUACAAAUUUUCCUUGGGAUAUAGAUGAGGCUCUAAGGAGGCGUCUGGAAAAGCGUAUCUACAUUCCUCUUCCGAAUUUUGAGUCUCGCAAGGAGCUUAUAAGAAUCAAUUUGAAAUCUAUUGAGGUGGCUGCAGAUGUUGAUAUUGACGAAGUAGCUCGCAAAACAGAGGGAUACAGUGGAGAUGAUCUGACAAACGUUUGUAGGGAUGCUUCUUUGAAUGGCAUGAGGCGAAAGAUAGCAGGAAAGACACGUGAGGAGAUCAAGAACAUGCCCAAGGAUGAGAUUUCAAAGGAUCCCGUCGCCAUGUGUGACUUCUUAGAAGCUCUGACUAAAGUUCAACCCAGUGUUUCUGCUGCAGAUAUAGAACGUCAUGAGAAGUGGUUCUCUGAGUUUGGUUCCGCAUAG